AUGUGCAGUCAGGGAGGGCACUUCAAUGGAAUGAUCUUUCACCGUGUUAUAAAGCACUGUCAUUCAUGCCGCGAUAGCAAUAAGCUGGGAGCUGCAGAGGACUGGACUUUGAAAGGAAAACAUUAUAGCCAACUCGAUACCAGUGUGAAGCAUGAAGCAUUCAUGCUUGGAACUUCUAAGACAAAGCAUGAAAACGGUGCAUUUGAGCUUUUCAUCACAACUGCACCAAUCCCAGAUCUAAACGAGAAGCUUACCGUCUUCGGGAAGGUCGUUAAGGGAGAGGAUAUUGUUCAGGAAAUCGAAGAAUUGGAUACGGACGAGCAUUAUCGGCCUAAAUCUUCUGCAGCCAUCCGCCGUGUGACUCUGAAACAAAGCAUCUAAAACCAAACACACAAAGAAGUUUUCCUGCAUUGCAUGUUCUGUAAUUCCAAAC